AUGGUCUUGAAGCGAAUUGCGGCUUCUACUGAAGUCUCCGCCAAAGUUCUCGGCGAGACCUUGCAGUUUCCCAGCGGCAAAAAAGCGCAAAAUCGAUUUCUGAAGGCGGCAUUAACUGAAAGAAUCAGCACGUAUGAUGCUUCAAAUAUUCAGAAAUCCGGAAUUCCGACGAAUAAAAUUCAUAAUUUGUAUGAGAAAUGGGGAAAUGGGCAAUUUGGGAUGAUUUUGACCGGAAAUGUUCUUGUCGAUCCGGUAAACUUGGAAUCUGCUGGAAAUGCGAUAAUCUGUAAAGAAGGCGAUAAUAUUGAAAGGAGAGAAGCUUUCAAAAAAUGGGCAAAAGCUAUGAAAUCGGAUGGAGCGCUGGCGCUGGCUCAGCUUUCACAUGCGGGUCGCCAGACUCCCGUGCUUGUACACCCAACACCAUUCGCGCCUUCUGAUGUUCAACUAACCGCGCAAGUCAAAACGGAAGUCAUCGAUCGAUUUGUGUUCGCCGCGAAAUUUUGUUAUGAGUCGGGAUUCGAUGGAAUUCAAUUGCACGCUGCUCACGGAUACCUUCUGGCUCAAUUCACGUCACCGACGACCAACAAGAGAACCGAUCAGUAUGGAGGAUCAUUGGAGAAUCGCAUUCGAGUCAUUCUUGAGAUUCAUGAAGCGAUUCGAAAGGAGAUUCCCGCUUCGACUGGAUUCCUGGUUGGGAUCAAAAUGAAUUCGGUCGAGUUUCAAGAAGAGGGAACCACUGUCGAUGAUGCUGCCGGAAUGGCGAAAAAGCUUGAGGAAGUUGGAUUCGAUUUCGUUGAGCUUUCCGGUGGCACAAUUGAGAAAUUAGCAUUUUCGCAUUUACGCGAUUCGACAAGAAAACGAGAAGCGUUCUUCCUGGAAUUUGCUCAGAACAUUCGGCCUGUCUUCAAGAAUACCGUAGUGUAUUUAACUGGCGGAUUCCGAACCGUCAAAGCUAUGGUAGAAGCGAUUGAAGAGAACGCGACGCAGGGAAUCGGAUUGGGACGACCGAUAACUGCCGAGCCAGAUUUGCCAAUGAAGAUCCUCGCCGGCAAAGUGUUUUCGGCAGCCGACGCGCGUUUAAACCAAGACGAUUUCGGCAUCACGAACAUGGCGAGCAACACACAAAUGGAGCAAAUGGGACGCACCAGUGUACAAGAAGCCAACAAUGAUUUGAUGCUGGGAAUCAGCGACUUUAGCGAUCAGGAGACGGCUGACAACUAUCUCGCCGCUGUGAAAUUGUAUACGGAAAAGAUUAAGGCUGAAGUGGCGCAAGGGAAACCGAUUCAUGGAGUUUUGGAAUUUUGA